AUGUUUUUGGCAAAUUGCACAAACUGUGUUUGUUGUGAAAUCACAGAUUCUCCUUGGAGGCCCAAUAUUACAAUCCCAGGUGAUCUGAAGGAGAAGGAGUCUGUCACUAUAACCUGCUCAGCUCUCACUCCCUGUCCACACUCCCCUCCUCAACUCACCUGGAAUCUCCAACAAGACUCUCACAACAAAAUAGAGGAAAACACAGAUGGAAGCUUUACAACUAAAAUCCAGCAGACCAUCACUCUGUCAGACACACAUGAUGGAAAGAAGAUCAGCUGCUCUGCCAGAUAUCCUGUGAACCAAGGAAAAGACACCAAGACAGCAGAGACAGAAGAGACUCUCAGUGUUUCAUAUGCUCCUAAAGACACUUCAGCAUCCAUCAGUCCAUCAGGUUUGGUGUCAGCAGGCAGCUGGGUGAAGCUGACCUGCUCCAGCAGAGCCAAACCUCCAGUCAGCAGCUUCACCUGGUUCAAGAAGAGCAGAGAUGGAGCUGUGAAAGUAUCUGAAGGAGAGAUUUACAGCUUCAAUGUAACAGAUGGAGGAGUUUAUUACUGUGUGGCCACUAAUGAUCUGGGUAAUCAGGCAUCAGCAGAGAUUCUUGUGACUGUUGGAGAUGAACAGUCAGGAAAACUGUUUGGUGUCUGCAUUGUAGUGAAGACUCUGGGAAUCACAAUGCUUGUGGCCACACUGGUUUUAUUUGAGUGCUGGUUUAGAUCAAGACAGUUCAACAAACCAGAGACAGAAACCAUCUACAUGAACAAAGCUGCAUCACAGUCCAAAAAGUGUCUGCAGCAGGAGGACAAAAAUCUUGGACAUCAGCAGUGUUAACAUCUGCAUGCUGAC